AACAUUCAGAUGUACACUCACAAGUGUCUGAAUUGUCAGAUUGUGAAAGAAUCUAAGAAAGGAUUAGAAUAUAAGAAAAUAAUAGAGAAGAUGAUGAUAAAGUUCCUACAUAGUGAGAUCUAUGUUAACUAUGAAAUACUGUGUGAGAUUCUAACUGAUAAUGAUACAAAUCUCAUAGAAGAAGUAGUGAGGCAUUUUAUGAGCCAGUUACAAACAAGAUAUUAUAGAACAAUAUUAUAUCAUUCACAGAUGAACAGAAAGAUAAAAUACUUGAAUGAAAUCUUAAAUAACAUGCUAAUAAAAUAUCUA